GAAAGCGGAGACAGUGCAGACUUUACAACAGCGCAGAAGCACCGCCGCGGUCUCAGUCUUCGCACAUCACUGCCAUCGCUUUGCACGCCAAACAGUUGCGGGGGUGUUCAUUUUUUUACGAGAACAUUCACUUUUUCGGUUUUGUCCCCACUUUCAUAUUGUGUACAAAGGCGCAUGCUCAGAUUAUCAGACGGUGCAGUUGUUUUACUGAGGAAAACAGAGACUUUGAGAGCCUUUUAAGAUGACUACUUCAUGGAGUGACAGACUUCAAAACUAUGCAGACUUGCCUGCCAACAUGGAUGGAAUGGCUAUGAAGAAAUACAGACGAGAACCUUAUCACAGAGUUUUUGUCAACAGAAGCCUGGCCAUGGAGAAGAUUAAGUGCUUUGGCUUUGAUAUGGAUUACACUCUAGCAGUGUACAAGUCACCAGAGUAUGAAUCUCUGGGCUUCGAGUUGACAGUGGAACGCCUGGUGUCCAUCGGUUACCCUCAGGAGCUGCUCAGCUUUGUCUAUGACCCGUCCUUCCCCACCAGGGGGCUUGUUUUUGAUACCAUGUAUGGAAACCUGUUAAAGGUUGAUGCCUAUGGCAACAUCCUGGUCUGUGUCCAUGGCUUCAAUUUCCUCCGAGGCCCCGAGAUCCGUGAGCUGUACCCGAAUAAGUUUAUCCAAAGAGAUGAUACAGAGCGCUUCUAUAUCCUCAACACUCUCUUUAACCUGCCAGAGACCUACCUCUUUGCUUGCCUUGUGGAUUUCUUCUCCAAUUGUGACAGAUAUGCGAGUUGUGAAACCGGCUUCAAGGACGGUGACCUCUUCAUGUCCUUUAAGAGCAUGUUCCAGGAUGUCCGUGAUGCUGUAGACUGGGUCCACUUCAAGGGUACCCUGAAGGAAAAGACUGUAGAGAACCUUGAGAAGUAUGUGGUAAAAGAUGGAAAGCUGCCACUUCUUCUAAGCCGAAUGAAUGAAGUAGCCAAGGUGUUCUUGGCUACCAACAGUGACUACAAAUACACUGAUAAAAUCAUGACUUACCUGUUUGACUUCCCCCAUGGCCCCAAGCAUGGCACUCCCCACCGGCCCUGGCAGUCGUACUUUGACUUGAUUUUAGUGGAUGCCAGGAAGCCUUUGUUUUUUGGUGAGGGCACAGUGCUCAGACAAGUUGAUACGACAACAGGACGACUUAAGAUAGGAACCUACACAGGGCCUCUGCAGCAUGGCAUAGUCUACUCUGGAGGUUCUUCAGACAUAGUAUGUGAUCUCCUUGGAGCCAAGGGUAAGGACAUAGUCUACAUUGGGGACCAUAUUUUUGGAGACAUCCUCAAAUCCAAGAAGCGCCAAGGCUGGAGGACCUUCCUGGUCAUACCUGAGCUUGCCCAAGAGUUGCAUGUCUGGACAGACAAGAGCUCAUUGUUCGAGGAACUGCAGGGCCUGGAUAUCUUCUUGGCAGAGCUCUACAAACAUCUGGACAGCAGCAGCAAUGAGAGACCAGACAUCAGCGCUAUCCAGAGGAGAGUAAAGAAAGUGACCCACGACAUGGACAUGUGCUAUGGCAUGAUGGGAAGUCUUUUCCGUAGUGGCUCCAGACAGACCCUGUUUGCCUCCCAGGUGAUGCGCUAUGCCGACUUGUAUGCUGCCUCCUUCAUCAAUCUGCUCUACUAUCCUUUCAGCUACCUCUUCAGAGCAGCACAUGUACUGAUGCCCCACGAGUCGACUGUGGAGCACACACAUGUGGACAUUGAUGCAGAGUCUCCGCUGGCCACGCGGAACCGGACCCAAUGCAGCGACUGCAAGGACCUGGAAUGCAAGCGCAGCCAACUGACCCGCUCAGUCAGUGAGAUCAAACCUCCCAACCUGUUCCCCCAGACUCCUCAGGAGAUCACCCACUGCCAUGAUGAGGAUGAUGAUGAGGAGGAGGAAGAGGAGGAAUAAACUGAAAAUCAAGAGCCAUUUCCCAGUUCCUGCCUUUAACAUUUUCCAAUGGAUUCAGUCAGAUUUCUUCCUCGAGAAACAAGGGGAGGGGGGACUGAGAUGGAGCUGCACAUUUUAAAUGCUGGAGUGGAUUUAAGAGGUUUGUGUACAGGAGAUGUGUAAAAGAAAUCUAAAUACUGUUAUAAUGAAGAUGAUUUGAAGAGAAGUAUAAAGGACCAAGAACUAGCUAGACCAUUUUACUGUCUGAUGAGUAUGUGCCUGCUUGGUCCUCCAAACCGACCUUAUUGUCCACAAUUUUUAAGUCCCAUGUUGAAAAGAACUUAUUCUGUUUUUUUGUUUGUUUUUUUUUUACUCUACAAAUCGCUCUUUAAAUAGACCUAACGAAUGGUUAUGCUAAAUUUUGUUCUAAAUCGAAAUAUGCUUUGUCCCCUCUGGUCAGUGUGUUAGAUUUAUCACUGUAAACCAUUAUGCAAAUGGUCAGUAUACCAUAGUUUUAAUGAAACACUCAAAGGCACACUAGACUUGCCAAAAUGGCCUGCACAUGACUUAAACUGUUUCUGUUUACCCUUUGAAAUGACAAGCACAUUUCAGCUUUUUGAUGGUUCGGCGCCAAGGAAACGUUCUAAUUAGAGUUACCAUGAGAAUAGGAUUUCAUACAACAUGGGAACAACAGCCCGAUUUUCAUGUUGUUUCAGUGUGCUUUUGGCGUUGUGUAACAAUAACCUCCUAACUUCCGCUGAUAUGAAACGAUAUCUGUCCGUCUCUUGUCUGUUUGUCUGUCUAGUCUUUGCCAAAGUAGACUCAUAGCUUCUUGAACGACUGUAAACUUAGGGUUCAGUGUAGUAACCGAAGCACAGAGGUUGUGUUAUUUGGAUUAAACAAAGCACAAGUUUGAUGAUGAAUGAUUGUAUCAGCUAGACAGAUUACUACAACAAGCAUUUAGUACAAAGUUAGCCUAGAAAAAAAAACGAAUGGCUAUGCAACAGACAUGUUGAAAUCUAGGCAGGGUUACCGGAGCCACGGUGAAUAUAGGGUAACUCGUUGCAAUGCUGAUGUUGUCAAUAGUAACUUUGAAGUACAGUAAUGCUACUGUGAAUCACAUCAUAAGCUAGUGAAUGAAUGGCUUCUGCCUGGCUGAUCGUUUCUCUUAACAUUUACAUUGUAUGAUGUACAGCAUGGUGUAAAAAUCUGUAACAAGAAUGCACCGUACACCAAGAACAGCUAAAAAGGCAGUGUUGUCCUGACUAAGCUUGGUUAUCUAGUUGGGUGUAAACUUAAGUACUUGAGGAUUUUUUUUUAUAAUUACUUUAUUCAUCUCUCAAGAUACGUCAGAUACAGAAAUUAAUAAGUUGGUGUAGUCAUGUUGAAUCGGAGCAGGGGUCUUGUUAUACAUAACAUACAAUACAUAUUUGGUGGCCUGUGUAGUGUGGUCCUAUGGGUGGUGGUCAAGGCUUUGUAGCAGUAAGACAACUAAUGCCCUCGUCUCACCAGCUAACACGUAUGACUUCAGACGUGUGAAUCACUUGUCUUACUCCUCAGGAAUAGACCAGCUUCUUGGCUUAGAUGUGAAGAAAGAUUUUGUUUUAUGAAUUUCCUCACCCAAAGAAGACUGGUUUGCGCUUUGAGAAGAAGGAGCUGAGGGUUGAGAGGGACCGUGUGAUGGGUGAACUAAGCUGAAGUGCUCUAUGGGAACAUGUAUAGGAUUCCUUGUACAGUAUCCUAAUGUGAGGAGAGUCCCCUGUCAUCUAAGUGUCAGUUUUCCCCGGCUCACGUUGACUAUCUCCAAACUGGAAUGUAGACCUCCAAAACACUUUCAGAUCUCUACAAAACCACCUGAAAACAUGCAUACGUAAAAGUAAGCAACCUUAAGUGUGUCUAAUGUAAACCAGGUAACCUUGGCGGAUCCAUAUAUGCCCUUUUUAAUGUAGAUGUGGUGAAAUAGUUCCUGAAUGGUGUUAUACAGUAGGAAGGGCAAGAUAAAUUCAAGGACUAUGUGGACUAGCUUGUUUUUUUUGUUGUUUUUUUUUUUAAAGGGGGGGAUUUUCCGACAUCUGAUUUACACUAUACAUAAACGUAAUUUAGUCUUGUUAAGUGUCAGAUUGGCCUAUUGAUUCAGGCCAAGAUGGGGAAAGAUCUGCUAUUGGUGUUGCCAGACAAGAAAAAAAAAAGUAGGGUAAAUGUGUGUGUAAGUUUACCCUGGUUCUACCGCGUGUUAUUUCCCUUACAUGACUCUAACCAAGACUGAUUUAUUGCAGCGGUUUAAUAUAGUGUUUUUAUAUUACUCAGUGAAAUGUUGGUAUUCUCAGUAUUGAUUUUGUUAUUUGAAUAUAAAAUAACUCAAUACGUUAAUACAUGAGGCAGCUGCAUCGCUCAAAAUGAAUAGUUGUGGCAGGUUGAUGUUAUUUUUUUGUCUCAAGUUAAGUUUUUGGCAACCUCUUUGCCGUAGAUGGACUGUACAAGUUAUUUUUGCAAUCCAGUACAGUGCAUGUAUGCAUGUGGAAAACACUAAGGUUUUACUAACAUGAGCAAAAUCCAUAAUGUCCGAGGUUAUGGGCGCUUUUAUUUAGACUCAUUUUGUGAACUUGUCUUAGCAGUACGUAUCUUUAUUUUUUAUUUUUUUCUAAAAAGCUGGAGCUUUUCGGCAUUUGACAUGGCGGUAUGCAUAAAAAUGUCACCCGGUCAGAGACUCGCAGGGCACAUGCAAUGAGAGGAGAUGUGAAAAGCUUGUCAAGUGCUUUGAAUGAGGAAAAACGCACUUGUUAUCAGCACCAAUUUAUUUCCUAACCUAGUGUUAUUAAUAUAUAUUGGUUUACAACAUUGUAAAUAACUUUAUUCAUUUCCAUAUCCAGAACGGUUCAAUUACUUUUUUUUUCAUACUAAUUAUGUUAUCUGAUACAUGGUGGGAGUCUGUUGCCCACACCCUGAGCAAGCUAUUACCUGGCAAACUUGGUGUAACAUUUCAGAAGACUUUCACUCUGUUUCAUGAUGCCUAUAAUGCAUCGGUAUUUACAGAGGGUGCCAAAACUGUCACGCAUUUGAUUAUUUUUACCUAUAGUAAUCUUUUGUUUUGUGCAUAUCACCUUAUGUUCCUUGGAACUGUUGUUGUUUUUUUUUCCCACAAUAUCCUACAGACUGUACAGUUGCAAAUUACAUAAAGAUAUAGAAUAAAGAUAAUUUUCCAUAAUAACGUGCA